AUGGAGAAGUAUCGUAUAAGUGAAGGAUCUUUGAUAAGCUUUGAUCUGACAUCUGAAGAGUUUAAUGUCAUUAAGUUACCUGAGGUGGAUAUCCGAGUACCCCUAGUGAAGUACAAUGGUAAGAUAGCUUUGUCGUGUCAGUACCCAAAUGGUAAAUUUGACCUGUGGGUUCUGGAAGAUGCUAGCAAACAAGAAUGGCCAAAAGUUUCACUCGUAGUUCCUUCUUGGACAGAUUUAGUUGUUGGGGGUCGUUAUUUAAACUUCAGGGGUACACUUAGUACCGGCGAGCUUAUAUUUUCACCGCAGCCUUGCCGGAACCCGUUGUAUUUGAUCAGUCUCGAUCUUAAGGAAAACAAUGCCAAGAAAGUAUUGGUUGAAGGACUUGGAGAUAAAUUUCCUAAUCUCGAAGUCUAUUUGGAUCAUGUAGACAGCCCUAUGGUCCUAUCGAAUGUAAGUUAA